AAGUCGCGUCACCUCCAACCCCCCUCCCUCCUCCUCCUCCUCCUCCGCCUCCUUUUUCUCCCUGAAGCUUUUUGAUCUUUCACCGCGUGCACCCACCAGAUCUGGUGGCGGAAGAGCCCCCCAUUGGCUUCUUCAAUGCCAAGGGAAGCGGAUGAGACCCGGAGCUGCACCAUCUGACUGCCACUGUUCUCAGAGGCAGAGGGAAGAGAACAACAAGCAGCGCCGUGAACUCUUCUGUGCCAAUGGUGAGAUUUGGAUCAGAAUUGUUUCUGUCGGUCUUCGUAAGUAUUUAUUGAUCAUGCUGUGGCAAAUGUUGAUGGAGGAGGGUUCGGUUUCCGUGUGGGACCCACCAUCAUCUGGAAAAUUCACACAUUUUUAUUGAGAGAAUUUAUUGACUCAAAAACAAAAACAAAAAGAACUCGGAAAUAAAAAGGCCGAAGAGUGGGUUGGGAGAAGGGGAGAUUGGGAAGAAGAAGAAGAAGAGAGAGGAGGGAGGGUGGGUGGUUGUUUGUUCUGAGAAGAAUAAAGAGAGUGGUUUAGUUCCCGAAGGGGCCUUCUUUCCUCUUUUUUCUCCACUUCAUAUGCUUCCUUCCCCAAAACCAAUCGGGGUCAGGUCCGACGGAGAAGAAACGAGCUAGCGAGUAAAGUUUGUGUCUUUCAUCUGGGAUCUUCGUUCGAUGGGCUGAAUUUUUGGAUCGGGUUCUUGAUUUCUUUUCUAAUCUUCUGAUAGAAGAUUCAUGAAGUCGGUCCGAUGAGAUUGGUGGAUUGCAUUUUUCGUCAUGCGGGUCGAUGAUUCGUCGAUUUUGGCUCUUUAGCAUAGCAGAAGAGAGCCAGAGAUCCGACCCUUGUGGGUUUUAUGCCGAUCCAUGCAUUCGAUUUUUAAGCAUCGAUUCUGGAUCUCGUUUCAGUGGAAUAGCACAAACAAAAAUUGCCUCUUUACCGGUUGGAAGGGGUUUAAUUUUAGUCCUAGUCCUGUUUCGGGUAUGGAUUAUACCUUGUAAGGGUAAAUAGGGAUCUCAAGUCGUUCCCUGUUCGAAAUAUUAGGGUUUCUUGUUUGGUUCGUGAUUUGGAGCUAUGUUGGAAGACCGCCCUUAUUUGAUCUCCAGGGUGUUCGAAAGCACCUCUGAGCAAGAAUCCAAUUGGAGUUUCUUGGCAUGCCAUUUCCACGAGUCCUUGGACAGCAAGAAACGCCUACUAGAUGAGGAAUUGGAAGAAGAAGAAGAAGUAGAGAAUCGAGCUAAGAGGAAGAAGUCACUGCAGCAAUCCAAUACCUCUGAUACCCAAGGUACGAAGCGGCCUCUUGAUGAUUCUAAUGGUUCCAACAACUUCAACCGGCUCACCGGGGAUAUAAUCAUUAACUGUCUUCUGCAUCUCUCUCGGUCCAAUUACGGUGCUGUUGCAUCUGUCAACCAUGUCUUCCGCUCGUUAAUUCGGAGCGGAGAGGUCUACCAGGCGCGCCGCCAGCUGGGAGUCACCGAGCAUUGGGUCUAUUUCUCAUGCAGCGCCCUCGAAUGGGAGGCAUACGAUCCCUACCGUGGACAUUGGAUUAGGGUUCCAAAGAUGCCCGGUAGUCCUACCGAAAACUUCAUGCUCUCAGAUAAGGAGUCGCUUGCCGUGGGCACCGAGCUUCUUGUUUUUGGCCAGGAGUUGAACUCAUACAUCGUACAGAGAUACAGCAUUCUGACGAAUUCUUGGUCAUCUGGAGUUGUAAUGAAUUCACCUAGAUGUUUAUUUGGAUCUGCUAGUCUUGAUGGGAAAGCUAUUGUAGCCGGUGGCACCCAUGGUCGCACUAUUUUGAGCACCGCAGAACUCUACAAUUCGGAGACUCAAACCUGGGAGACGUUGCCUAAUAUGAGUAGAGCACGGAAGAUGUGUUCGGGGGUAUUCAUGGAUGGAAAGUUUUAUGUAAUUGGCGGAAUAGAUAGUGAUAACAAGGUGUUGACAUGUGGGGAGGAGUAUGAUCUGAAGCGAUGCUCAUGGCGGUUAAUUCCAGACAUGUCCGCUGGUCUCAAUGGUGCGAGUGGUGCACCUCCACUCGUUGCCGUCGUGAACAAUGAGCUUUAUGCAGCUCAUUAUGCCAAUAAGGUGGUGUUGAAGUACAACAAGGAGAAUAACACAUGGGUAACAUUGGGAAAGUUGCCCGAGAGAUCUGUCUCGAUGAAUGGUUGGGGUCUUGCAUUCCGAGCAUGUGGUGAGCAGCUAAUAGUAAUUGGUGGCCAGCGAGGAUGUCAUGGAGGAAUGAUCGAGCUAAAUUCUUGGGUUCCAAAUGGAGGGCCACCUGAGUGGGACAUGAUUGCUAGCAAGCAUUCGGGUAGCUUUGUUUAUAACUGUGCCGUGAUGGGCUGCUGAUUUCUCUAAUUCAUGGUGACCAUACUGUACUUCUUGCAAGAAGAAUGCAUGGCACUGGCUUGUAAGAGUAUGUAGCAUAAAAUGCUAAUUCUGCAGUUGUUUCUUCCCUUUUCUGAAAUUUCAACUGAAAUGAUAGUUCAACAGAGUUCUGUCAUCAAUGUAAUCCCUGAUUUUGUCAUUUUUAUAUUCAGUCAUUACUCCUUCCAUUUGUUUUAA